AUGAGACAGCUCAGCUAUCCCAGAAUACAAGGAACAAGCAAGGUCAAUAAAAGUCACCGCACCAUUAAUCUUGAUGAUGAUCCUCACUUCAUAUCAAUCCUGCCAACCGAAGCUGAUGAAUUUGAUUGUGUUGAUAUAUAUAAGCAACCAGCCUUUGAUCAUCCUUUACUAAGGAACCACAAAAUUCAGUUAAAUCCAAAUUUCUCACACGAGUUGACAAAAAGCAGAGUAUCAUCCAGGAGUAGAUCUCCUAAUGAAGUUGAUCUACGAGGUAAAGGUUGUCCAUCAGGGAUGGUACCUAUUCCGAAGUCUAAACCUUUUUAUCGCCCAUUUACACAAGACUUCCCUGGUGAACAUUUUGCUACACUUGAUACGAACAAUAAUGCAACAUAUCAUGGAGCACAAGCAACGAUCAACAUAUACAAGCCACCUGUGACAGGGAAACAGUAUAGCAUGGCUCAAAUAUGGCUUCAAAGUGGACCUCCUAAUGAGCUUAAUAGCAUACAAGCUGGUUGGGCAGUAAAUCCAACAAUAUACGGUGACAAUCUCACAUAUAUGACUAUUCGAUGGACGACAGAUGGCUUUAAGAAUACUGGCUGUUACAACUUGUUGUGCCCGGGUUUUGUGCAAGUGCACCCGACAGUUAGACCUGGUCAAGUCUUCGUAAACAGUUCCAUUAUAGGAGGAAGCCAAUAUGGUUUUGAUCUUUCAAUCAUUCAGGAGCAAUCAAGUGGUAACUGGUGGUUAACAUCCGAAGGCUUUAGAGUGGGAUAUUGGCCAAAAGAGCUUUUCAAUCACUUGAACAAUGGUGCUGAUAAAGUUCGCUACGGUGGAACAACAAAAGCUUCAGCAGACGGGCUGAGUCCCCCAAUGGGGAGUGGUGAAUUUCCAACCAAUGACUACCAUUCUGUUUGCUUUUUGGCAUUUGUCAAAAUUGUGGAUUCCAACUUCAAAUUGAUUGAUAUAGUCGACAGUACCAUGAGUGGGACUACCGAUGUCACUACCUGCUAUGAUUUACACUAUUUUGGUUAUCAAGGUCGAAAAUUGGGACAAACUUUCAGUUUUGGGGGACCUGGUGGAGAAUGUGGUACUUAA